GAAGCCAAUCAACGAGCGGCUAGGAUGAAGACACGUGCGCGGGUCAAAAUUUAAGCGGCGAGGGGUAUUUACGCAAUUAUGUUGAUUUGUUUGCCCCAUCCCAUCGCACAAGAAAGAAAAACGGGAAAGAAGGGCGCGGGAUAGUAAUCGUGCGCCCACCGCUCGCUUCAGAACAAGCGUCGAAGGUUGGACUGCUGCCGUUCGAUCCUCUACGAGAAUUGAAAAUUAAGAUUGCAGGUUCGUCUAGGGUUUCUAUGGAUUUCGAAUCUUCAAGGCGUGUCUGUCUUCGAUCUAAAUAACGUGAAAGUUUCAGACGGAAGGCGAAUUCGUCUACGAGAAUCCACUGACGAGCUUCGGCGAGUGAUCGGGGGCUUUGUAGGUCCCCAAUUCGUUGGUUCUGUUGACCACAAUGUGAUAUCGGCUGAAGUAGCUGGUGUGACUAAAUGGAAGAAGAAGAGGAAGAUAGAGUUCUCUUGAGCAGUUUGGGUGUCACAGCUGCAAACCCUGAUGAUAUUGUGCGAGACUUAUUAGCGGAGGAAAGAAAUCAUGCUGGGGAAAGUAGUGGAGCUGGGGGAAGCACAGAGGAGGAACCUCUUGACGGUUUGAAAAACAGCAAAGUGUCAUCUACCAGCCAUGCAGAACUCUAUAAUAAAUUGCGAGCUGUAGAAAUUGAAAUAGAUGCUGUUGCAUCUACUGUUGAUCAGGUCAAGAACCUUGGAAGAAAUGAAAACGAUGUCUAUGACACCAGAGAACAGGGAGAUAAAGAAGAUGAAUCUCAUAAUGAUUUAACCUUACAGCAUGCACUAGCAACUGAUAGACUCAGAAGCCUGAGGAAAAGAAAGGCUCAACUUGAGAAAGACAUCUCAGAUUUGGGGGCGGAUGAACCUACCAAAUGUAACAAAUAUGACAAUGUGAUACAAGAUCUUGUUAGAGAAGAGCCCAGAACGAAGUCAAGGUUGAAAGAAGUUCAGAAAUCAAGCAAGAAUCUGAAAAAGCGUAAGAAAUUAGUAUCAUUCAAUGAAGAUGGUGAUUUUGAUGCCGUGUUAAAUGCAGCAUCAACGGGAUUUGUUGAAACAGAAAGGGAUGAGUUAGUUCGGAAAGGAAUUUUAACUCCCUUUCAUAAGCUCAGGGGCUUUGAGCGUCGUAUUCAGCAGCCAGGGCCAUCUAAUAGGAAUAAUGUGCUUGAGGAAGAAGAUGGGACUGAUGAUCUUGCUUCAACCAGUAUAGCUAAAGCUGUAAGAUCUAUAUCAGAGGCUUCCCAGGCUCGUCCAACAACCAAGCUGCUUGAUUCAGAGUCACUGCCAAAACUUGAGGCACCCACUUUUCCUUUUCAAAGAUUAAAAACACCAUUGAAGAUCCCCCAGUCACAAGAAAAAGAGACAAAGAAGAAAAAAGAUACAUUCAGGAAAAAGAGAAGACCAUUGCCAGGGAAGAAAUGGAGAAAAUUAGCUUCAUAUGAUGAAGAACUUUUGGAUGAAUAUGAGGAUGAUAUGAUGACAUUCAGUUAUGAAGAUGAAAACCAAGAUGGUGAAGAUGUAGAUGGUCCUUUUGUAACACUUGAAGGUGGUCUGAGGAUUCCGGAAACCAUUUUCAGCCAACUUUUUGACUAUCAAAAAGUUGGGGUACAGUGGUUAUGGGAACUCCAUUGUCAAAGAGCAGGUGGAAUCAUUGGAGAUGAGAUGGGCCUUGGUAAAACCAUCCAGGUCUUAUCUUUUCUUGGUGCAUUGCAUUUCAGUAAUAUGUACAAGCCAAGCAUAAUUGUCUGCCCUGUUACACUCUUGAGGCAAUGGAAGAGGGAAGCACGGAAGUGGUACCCGAGCUUUCGUGUGGAGAUACUACAUGAUUCUGCUCAGGAUCCGAGGAAGAAACGCUCUGAAUCUUAUGAAAGUGAUUCUGGAAGUGAAGAGUUGCUUAACAGUGAGAGCGAACAAAAUCUAUCUUCUAAUAAUACCAAAAAAUGGGAUUCCUUGAUAAACCGUGUAUUGAGAUCACAUUCUGGUUUGCUGAUUACCACUUAUGAGCAACUCCGUUUAAAUGGGGACAAGUUGCUUGAUAUUGAAUGGGGUUAUGCGGUUUUAGAUGAAGGGCACCGAAUUCGAAAUCCAAAUGCUGAGAUUACUUUGGUUUGCAAGCAGCUGUUGACAGUUCAUCGCAUAAUAAUGACUGGUGCACCAAUUCAGAACAAGCUUACUGAAUUGUGGUCUUUGUUUGAUUUUGUUUUCCCUGGAAAAUUGGGUGUAUUGCCUGUGUUCGAGGCUGAAUUUUCUGUUCCCAUAUCUGUUGGUGGUUAUGCUAAUGCUUCACCAUUACAAGUAUCCACAGCAUACAGGUGUGCAGUGGUUUUACGUGACUUAAUCAUGCCUUAUCUUCUCCGAAGAAUGAAGGUCGAUGUGAAUGCACAACUCCCAAAGAAAACCGAGCAUGUCCUCUUUUGCAGCCUAACUGCUGAGCAGCGAUCAGUGUAUCGAGCAUUUCUUGCCAGUUCUGAGGUGGAGCAGAUCAUUGAUGGGAGCAGAAACUCUCUUUCUGGAAUUGAUGUGAUGCGUAAAAUUUGUAACCACCCUGAUUUGCUUGAGAGAGAAUAUUCUCACCAGAAUCCAGACUAUGGGAAUCUUGAACGCAGUGGAAAAAUGAAAGUUGUUGCCCAAGUGCUUGAAGUGUGGAAGGAACAAGGUCAUCGUGUUCUUCUUUUCACACAAACUCAACAAAUGCUUGAUAUUCUUCAGAAUUUUCUUAUUUCUGGUGGCUAUAACUAUCGGAGAAUGGAUGGUAUGACUCCUGUACAGCAGAGAAUGGCCUUGAUAGACGAAUUUAACAACUCUGAUGAUAUUUUCGUCUUCAUUCUCACAACAAGAGUAGGUGGUCUAGGUACAAAUUUAACUGGAGCAAACAGGGUGAUUAUCUUUGAUCCUGACUGGAAUCCUUCCACGGACAUGCAGGCUAGGGAGCGUGCAUGGCGUAUUGGUCAGACUAGGGAUGUAACUGUUUACAGACUGAUAACCCGAGGAACGAUAGAAGAGAAGGUGUAUCACCGACAAAUUUACAAACACUUCCUUACUAACAAAAUAUUGAAGAAUCCACAGCAGAGAAGGUUCUUCAAAGCCCGAGAUUUGAAGGACCUCUUUACCUUGAAUGAUGAUAAAGACAGCGGCUCUACAGAAACAUCUAAUAUUUUCAGUCAGUUACCAGGAGAAGUAAAUUUUUUUGGGAUUCAGCAGGACAGCCAGGAUGGACAGAAAUCUGUGAAAAUGGCUUCAGAAAAUGCUGAUGCUUCAAUCAAUCAAGAGAACAAUUCUGAUUUUGAACCAUCCAAAAGGAAGGGCAAACAGAAAGCUAAUCAGAGUGAUGGUGGAGAUGACGAAGAAACAAAUAUUCUGAGGAGUCUUUUUGAUGCUCAUGGAAUUCACAGUGCCGUGAAUCAUGAUGUGAUUAUCAAUGCCCAUGAUGAAGAGAAGGUGAGGCUUGAGGAACAAGCUGCUCAAGUUGCUCAUAGAGCAGCAGAAGCACUGCGUGAGUCGCGAAUACUUCGAAGCCGGGAAAGCAUAUCUAUCCCAACAUGGACUGGGAAAGCUGGUGCUGCUGGUGCACCUUCGUCGGUUCGAAAAAAGUUUGGAUCAACUCUAAACUCCAAGUUGAUUAAUAACUCUAAACCUGGUGUAGAAUUUUCGGGUUCAAACAUGUCCAAUGGUAUCACUGCCGGGCCAUCUCCUGGUAAAGCAUUAUCUUCAACUGAAUUACUUGCAAGAAUACGAGGGAGCAAAGAAAGAGCAACGAACAAUGGGAGUGAACAUCAACCCGGUUUGACUUCAAGUUCUCCCAGCACAGAAAGGACAGUUGCCAACAAUCCUUAUAGGGCAUCCCGUACCCCAUCUGGACUGCAGCCGGAAGUAUUGAUUCGUCAGAUAUGUACUUUUAUACAGCGAAGCGGCGGUCGAUCUACCUCUGCCAGCAUCGUGAACCAUUUCAAGGACAGGGUACCUUCAACCGAUUUGCCAUUGUUUAAGAAUCUUCUCAAGGAAAUUGCAAUUUUACAGAAAGGUUCCAAUGGAUCGUCAUGGGUUUUGAAACAAGACUAUCAAUGACAAUUUGUUCUGUUGGACCAGGGCGUUCUUUGCUUUGGCAGCUGAUUGUUUUGUUUAUUUACUCUUUUUGAGCCAAAUUUUUAGUCAGAUUACUUAUACUUCCAUAGGCACAACCACCCAGAGAAAAGCGCACUUGCCGGUUUGCUUUUCGGCUUUGGCCGUUUUUGUUCAGAACCAUUAGGAUACCAGCGAUUCGCUCGUCCGUACAUAUCUAAUUUCAUGUAUAAAUGUCUUCUUUUUUUUUUUUUUUGUAAGUAAUUUCCUGUAUAAAUGUCGUGACUCGGAGAAUUAAAAGGAGAAUUAGGUUAUAGCAUAAACUAGCAGAUGAAGA